AUGCUGCAGGCGGUGGCGAACGCGGAUCUGGAGCGGCUGGCGCGGCUGGCGUCCGUAAUGGACAACUGCGCGACGUCGCUGGCCGUGCUGUGCAAAGUGGUAUCAGCGGCCUGCCCAGAGGAGGUGAAGACCGUCCAGUACAUCACACAGGUGCACGCGGAGGAUGGGCAGGAGGCGAGGUCGGCGAUGAGGGAUGUGGCCGCGGCGGCCAUGUUUGACAUCAUCCGGCGGCAUGUCCUUCAUGGCAGCGCCCUGGCAUUCCCGCUCCGGGAAUGCGUGGCGUUGCCCAGCGCGCGCGCCAACGAGAUUCUGCAGGGGACGCCGGCGGCAUACGGCCGCGAGAAGCACGUGCCGUGCAGCAUCACGGCCAUGGAGUUCAUGCGCGGGAGCGUCCUGGGCAUCGUCGUGCAGGUGUUGGCCAGCACGCGCGCUUGGGCUGCAGAGCAGGGACUGCUUCGGAGGGCGGAGCACGGUUCGCCCAUUGGGGACGGGCUGGUGCUAGCGGGCGGCAGCAUUCACAACACGCUGCAGCCCGCGUCGCAGCGAAUGGUGGUGGCACAGGCCGACACGGACGUCUUCGUGGUGGGUGCUGUGAGUGCGGCCGCAGGCGCGUGCAUGGCGGCCCAGUUUUUCGAGGGCCUGGCGCAUCGCGUGGAGGUGGUGCAGGACAGCUUGCUGCUGACGGAGCGCACCGUCAGCGCGCAGUACGUGAUACCACCAGCUGCACCUGGUGGUAUCACGUACUGCGUGCUGACGUCCAGUGUGCCCAACGGUGAAUUGCGCGCUGGAAACCGCGAACGUUACUUACUGCCAUUCCUUAAUGUGCUGUUUAAGCUUGUCGUCCACACAGUACUGCCCGAGGUGGCCGCUGGAGUGCCAGACGUCUGUCGCCGACCAAGCAGGCUGUACAGAACUCCGCUAGUUCCUUUCUGUAAAGGCACAACACUUCGACUCACACAGUUGAUUUUGGCUUUUCAGUCACGCGCCUACCCCAUUUUAUAUGCACCCCGCGCUACUUCCAAGCCGCGCUACGUCCAGUGCCUUUUCGGGCGUUCCGUCGCUGGACGAGUCCGCCGGCGUUGCCUGUGCAACUACAGCACCGCCGGCCGCUCCGCCUUCCGCGACGUCCCUACCGCCGCUUCGCCCGACUUACCAUCUCGUCUAAAUGUGCACUCUUCAUCAGCUCCUGCACUGAACCUCACGCAAUGCACCUCCUCGGCGCUACGCCCGCUGUUGCCGCGGUUGCGGCAUUCGCCCGCCUCGCCGGAAGUUCUUUGCAACUGUUCGCCUUUGCCCGCCGGCACACGGCCGGAUUGCGCUUUGCGCAUUGUCGCAUGCACCACAGCUACAUGGCGGCGACGCAUCGUUCUCUUCCGCGUGUGCUUCUUUGCCGUUUGUCUGGUUCUGCUCUGGAUCGCUAACAUUGCGCGGGAUGUCCAGGUGCCCAGAUCGCGCUCACGCCCGUUCUGGUGGUCUGACAGUAGCCAUGGCCGUUCCGGCUUGCCACAACCCCUUGCGCUUGUUUCCCACUACGAGCUUUUGCCUCUUUACAAGCUUUUUCGCCAACUGCUGCACCGCACUUUUCGGCUUUCCUGGCAUUUCAGCUACGACCCCGACCCGCGCGCCGCGUACGUUUCCCAGUGUCCCCCGCAGCUCGCCGGGUCGCUGCCGACGCCCAUGCUCACCCUGCGAAGACGUACUGACCGCGCUCCGGCGCUCUUCCGAUUCAGCCCGCCCCCUUGAAGCGUCCGGUUCGUACGGUGCCGCGACUUGUAUAAAUGCAGGCCUGUGUCGCCUUCUUUUCCAUACAUUCUCCUCUUUCCAUUUUUAAGCUUAUAUACCGAACUCGCUUUCGCGGUCGGCAGCCAGCCAGCCUCUCGCUUCGCUGACCCCAGUUCUACUUUGGUAACCGCGAUCAACAUGCCUCCCAAACUGGCUCGCCCAUCCCAACUCCCGCAACAGUCCCUUCCGCCCACCAACUUGGGCGCUUACGGCGCGCCUUCGCCGAGCCUGCCGUCGGGCUCUUCCGCCGGCGCGUCAGCCAAGCCGCCCGUCAACAUCGCCGACCUGUGGGCGCAACUAGCAGCGGCGUCGCCAACAGGCGGAGGCCGCGAUCACUCCACGCCAUCCGGGGUGCCGAGACGGCCGCUGUCUUUCAAGCAGCAGCUGCUCUUGGGAAGCAUGGGAUGUCACGCCGAGGACGUCCUGCGCGCUAACCACACCAAUGCCGAGUUCAACGUGCUCCUGGCCGAGGCCCGAAAGUACAGGGACGACUUCCUGGAGCAGCACGACCCCAAGCCCGCCAGCACGUACUUGUACAACAUCACAGCAGCAAUACACGAAGGCGACAUGCCGGACCGUGCGACGGCGACGCAUGCGGCAGUCAUGCAGCUGUGGAUCGCAGCUGCCGGCAGCCUGCGAGCAGAUACCGCCAUAGAGCUCAUCUAUGACUACGGCAUGGACGCGGGCACCGUCCUCAAGGCGGACCAGGAGUUCGCGCGCUCGGUGCUGACGGCCGCGCAGCAGGCGCGAGCGUCGGGCGCCCUCCUGACCACAACCACGCCAGCCAAGCGAGCCGCUAGCAGCCCCGCCGAGCCAGAUUCCAGUGCCCCCGCCCGCACGUGACUGUAUACCAUCACGUGCGCUCCCACCGGCAGAGUGUACGUCGGCCAGUCCCGGGACCCUCAACGUCGCUUCCAGGCUCAUGCCCGCAACCCACCCAGCCGGAUGAAGGAGGACGCCAGCCGCUACCAACCCUUCCAUGACCACUUCUCGCUCACGCGCCUCAUGUCCACCGCCAAUCCCGCACUGGCCCAACGGAUGGAGGCCUUCUACAUCGCGCAGUUCAAGGCUAGGGG